CGAGCUUGUUAGAUUAGGUAAUUAGCUAGGUGUGAUGUAGAAAAAGAAAUUAUCCAAAACCAAGACUUCCGCGUAAGUUCUUUAUUUUAUUAUUUUUUGUCUUGAUCCUAAUUCUAACGCAAUUCAUGUCUUAUCCCGUCUUUGGUCGUAUUCCUUGCCAAUCGCUCCGCCCUAUCUUCCAUACUAGUUUUACAAUCCCGAAUCGAGCGAGUUUCUCAUUGUUUCUACCACAAACCUCUGGAAAACAUCCCGUCGUAAUGCCGCAGAAAAGAACUACGAAACAGAAAGUUAUGAGCGAUGACGACAUUGACGGAACAUCUACCAAAAGAGCUAAACUAGGGAAAGGUUCUCCAGACCUUUUACGCAACCCCCAUCGGUUUGCAGCUGAGGCUGAGGAACACGGUAUUGUCCUGCGCAAGUAUUACCCUCCGGAAAUGAGCAACGCCCGUGCUCAGGCCUACAAUGACAAUGGAAUUUCUCGUCCCAUCGAGCAACUCGAAGCCGCUUUGGAGAGAACCGCAUCUGCACGCCGUAAUGUAAAGGUGAAAGAGGCCGUGAUACAUUGGUUUAAAACAGACUUGCGGACGACAGAUAACCGAGCAUUAUGGGAAGCGAGCCAGAAGGCGACGGAAGCUGGCGUUCCCUUAAUAAGCAUUUACAUAGUAAGCCCGGAAGAUUUCGAGGCGCAUUUGACGGCUCCAAUACGUGUUGAUUACGUGAUACGCACACUGCGAGUUUUGAAAGAGGAUCUCGAAGCCUUGGAUAUCCCUCUUUAUGUGGAAACGAUUGGAAAGAGGAGAGAUAUACCUGAGCGCAUCCUGGAGUUUAUGGAAGAAUGGGGAGCAAGUCAUUUAUAUACUAGUAUUGAGUAUGAGGUUGAUGAACUAAGGAGGGAGGCGAAAAUGGUGAGAAUGUGUGCAGAAAAGGGUUUGGUCAUGAUUCCCUUACACGAUUCAUGCAUAGUUCCGCCAGGCGCCUUACAUACUGGUGCUGGGAAGCAGUACUCUGUAUAUUCGCCGUGGUUCAGGGCCUGGGUAGCGCAUGUGCACUCAAAUCAAGAGCUCCUUAGCCCAUUCGAUUCCCCGUCAAAGAACACGCCCGCCGCUAGAGAGAAAGUGGCUGCCCUAUUCGACAGUGAGAUACCCGACAGCCCGGAAAAUAAGAGGCUCUCUGAAGAAGAUGAGAAAAGAUGCCAUGCCACUUGGCCUGCCGGGGAACGCGAAGCUAUGGAUCGACUUGAUAGAUUCUGCGAAGAGAAAAUUGCUCAGUAUAGUAAGAAACGUAACUUCCCGUCCGAAGCAGCAACAUCGUCGAUAUCGGUCCACCUAGCAGCUGGCACUCUGAGUGCUCGGACAGCAGUGCGGACCGCAAGAGAUAGAAACAAGACGAAGAAGCUCGACGCCGGCGUCGAAGGAAUUCAAGGUUGGAUAAGCGAAGUCGCCUGGCGUGAUUUCUAUAAACACGUUUUGGUUCAUUGGCCUUACAUCUGUAUGAAUAAACCGUUCAAGCCCGAGUAUUCAAACAUUGAAUGGUCGUACAACUCAGCGCACUUCGAUGCGUGGUGCAAUGGGAAAACAGGCUUCCCAAUCGUUGACGCUGCGAUGAGACAGCUUCGAAGUAUGGGGUGGAUGCACAACCGGUGUCGCAUGAUCGUUGCAUCGUUUCUUUGCAAGGACCUCCUACUCGACUGGCGCAUGGGAGAGAGAUUCUUUAUGGAGCAUCUGAUCGACGGCGACUUCGCGUCCAACAACGGCGGCUGGGGCUUCAGCGCAUCUGUCGGCGUAGACCCUCAACCGUACUUUCGGAUCUUCAACCCGCUGCUCCAGAGCGAGAAGUUCGACCCGGACGGGGUUUACAUCAGGAAGUGGAUACCCGAGCUCGCCGAUGUCAAGGGCAAAGCUAUCCACGACCCGUAUAAUAGAGGCGCUGCGGCACAGGCAAAGAAAGUUGGCUAUCCGGAGCCGAUCGUAGAUCAUAAGGAGAGUAGGGAGCGUGCUCUGAAGAUGUACAAGGCCGGUCUCGAACGGGAUAAGCCCUAAAUUUUGGGAUUGUUCAGAGAUAUACACGAGGGCGCCAAGGUGGGAUUUGGUGACUAUUU